AUGACAUUUCCUAAUGACAACAUGACUAGAGAAAUGUUGGUUGUUGAGGCACACAUAUGGAACCAUACUUUCAAUUACAUCAACUCCAUGUCACUCAAACGUGCUAUUCAACUUGGAAUUCCAGAUAUCAUCCACUCUCAUGGCCGAGCCAUGACCCUCUCUAAUUUGGUGGAUGCCCUUUCCAUUAACAAUAAUGCUAAAAGCUUGGAUUAUAUCUUCCGUCUUAUGCGUAUUCUAAUUCAUGGAGGCUUCUUUAAUCAAACAAGGGUUAAUGACAAAGAAGAGGGUUAUUUACUUACUCUAGUUUCAUGUCUCCUUCUUAAAGAUGAGCCUUUGAGUCAAGUCCCCUUUGUGCAAAUGGAACUAGAUAAAAAAUUCAUCGAUCCAUGCCACUCACUUAGCAAAUGGAUCAAGAGUGAUGACGACUCUAGUAUUCCAUUUGAAAUUGCUCAUGGCAAACCCCUAUUUGAAUAUGAUGAGAGGCAACCAAAUAUUAACCGUCAAUUUAUUGAAAUUAUGGCUAAUGAUUCCCUAUUAGUUAUAAGUGUGAUGAUUAAAAAUUAUAGGGAAGUUUUUGAAGGACUAAAAUUAUUGGUUGAUGUUGGAGGUGGCACUGGAAUUGUGGCUAAAGUUAUUGCGGAUGCACUUCUUGAAAAGAAUUGCAUCGUCUUUGAUCUUCCACAUGUAAUUGAAGGAUGUGAAGGGAGCUGUCAUGUGGGAGGAGACAUGUUUAAGUUCAUUCCCUCUACCGAUGCGAUUUUACUACGGCAAUGGGUAUUACAUGAUCGGAGUGACGAAGAAUGCAUCAAAAUAUUGAAGAAAUGCAAAGAAGCAAUUCCAAACAAGGAGAAGGGAGGGAAGGUGAUCAUCAUUGACAUGGUAUUGAUGGACCGUAACCUAGAGAAAGGAGACGACAAGUCAUAUGAAACUCAACUUUUAUGUGACAUGUUCAUGAUGGCACAUGUUUCUAGAAAGGAAAGAAAUAAACAAGAUUUGGCAAAACUAUUCUCUCGUGCUGGGUUUCGUGAUUACAACAUUAUACCUAUGUUGGGAUUAAGAUCUAUUAUUGAGGUGUUCCCUUAA